GUGGAUGCAACAGGAUACAAACCAGCACACUUGUCGAGUUUCAGCCAUUGUCAUUGUUUAAUAUUCGGAUACAAUUUGCACAUAACUUUACGGCAAGACAUUAUUAGGUACGGGCAGGCACCUGGGAAGAACUACUGAUCUUCUCUAAGCCAGCUGGAUGGCUUCCUCAGUCAUGAAAAUAUUCUACAACCAAUACGAGGUUUCCAACUCACAUCGAUGUCUUAAAGUAAACUUGGGCUAAGGUGGAAGUAGGUGCUUAUUUGUUUUAUACAAUUUAAUACGGGAAUCGACAAUAUUAAAGAUGUUACGUUUCCAAGACGAUAAUGCAUUGAUUUCAAGACAUUGGUCUAUACUGAAUGUUGAUCUACAACCUGAACAUUUUGGAAUAUUGAUCCACGAUUGCAGACCUGGGUCUACGUUGUAUGUCGCCUACGACCUGUAGAUGUUUUAACGUUGAUCUGCUAUCAGGACAUUUUCGAUUUAAAUUUAAGACCUUGUCUUUUUAAUGUUGAUUGAAAUACUUAAAAAUAAUGCAAAGUUCAUAAUACGUUAACAUAUUAAAAUACCACUUAAGACUGGAUAUCGAUCUACGACCUAGGCAAGUUUGAGUGUUGAUUUCGGAUCUGGAUCUACAUUGAAUUUCAUCUUCGACCUGAUUAUUUUCAAAUGUUGAUUUCAUGACCUUGAAUUACAUUGAAGUUUGAUAUACAACCCGAAUGUUUUGGGACUUUAAUCUACGAUUGUACACCCACGUUUACACUGAAUGACGAUUUACAAACUGAAAAUUGUGGAAUAUUAGAUUUCAGUUUACGAUAUUAAGUCCAAGUUUUUAUCAUGAAAAUAUGUUUACAAUAAUACAAUCCUUUCAAUGUUAGUGAAGAAUAGGGGAUGGAGGUUUGGUGUUGUUCUUUUCAUUACCGUUCAUAAACCAAGCCUGCUAUUAAAACACUUCGUUUCAAUCUGUGAUUAAAAUAAUAGAUCUCGUCCUCAUAUAAUCGUAUAAAACAAAUUGGAUCUCGACCACGCUACUCGUGAAGUAUUUUAUCUAUAAACCAGUCGAUAGAAAUAAGCAUACCAUAUAUAUACACAUAUUACCAAACAGAGUAGACAGAUAAAUAGGUUAUAAAACUGGAACAUGUCAUGUAAAUUUGUUUUUUGCUGUUAUCUCUAUUCGCAUGAGUACGUAUAUCAGAUUUACAUUUGAGGACAUAUAAAUAGUUUCAAAGGGUGACUUCACGUGAAAAGUAAAAUGGAUAAAAUGUUUACGAAGAGUUAUGUUAAAAUAGAUCGUCCUCCAAUUGAAUUAAAACACAAAACGAUUCCAGAAGUAUUGAAGUACUUCUCAGAGACAAAGGGAGACGGCGAAUCUAUUAUUUUCGUGACCACGGACGGGGGUCGCAAUGUUGUCACUUGGUCGGAACUUUACCAAAAGUCUUGCAAAGUAGCAAAAUCUCUUAUUAAUUUGGGAAUUCGGAAACAGGAAAUCAUCGCCAUAAAUUUGCGAUGCUGUCCAGAAUGGUUGUAUGCUACAUUCGGAGCAAUAAUGGCUGGGGCAAUCCCUGUGAGUAUAACGUUUACGUAUACAGAUGGAAACGACCUUAUCGCAAUGAUGGGAAAGCUAGAGAAGUGUUCGCUGCUAGUUCUAGAUCCUGGAUUAGAAAGCAUUAACUGGGACAUCCUUCGGAGGCUUCUUGACGAAUAUAAAGCGGACGGUAAAGUUCGAAGUAAGAAAAUGCCUUACUUAAGACAUUUGUUAUGUGUUGCGUUCGACAGAGAACCAGAUGCUUCGAAUGUUAAGGAUUUCAGAGACCUUCUAGACGACUACCAUCCUGACAUAGAACUUCCCGACAUAGACUCUAGUGAAAUUUGUGGAUUAUUUCAAACGUCAGGAAGUAUAGGGGUACCCAAGCUCGUAGCGCAGGUGCAUCUUAGCACAAUGAAAUUAGCAGAAUCACAUGCAUUCGACAUAAUAGAAGACAAGUACAUCUUGUUCAACGAUCAACAUUUUAACUGGGGCGGAGGUUAUCCAUUUUCCGUUCUGACCGGUCAAACAAGGGUUACAUUGUCCGAGUUUUGUGAUCCGCCAAAAGAUAGGAUUUCAUUUAUGAUUGAAGUUAUAGAAAGAGAAAGAUGUUCCAUGGUAUUUGCUCUACCAUCUUUGAUGCAAGAGCUUAUUAAAAGACAGGACAAUUUACCAGAUGACUGGCCUGUAGAAGCUAUUUUAACCGCAGGACAACCUCUUACGAGUCGACUUGCUACCUGUGUUGGUAAAGCUUGCAAACAUCUACUGUGCUUGUAUGGUGGAACAGAAACUUUUGGCGUGACGGAGGCGAAAAUAACGAACCCAGAUGAUUUCCACGAAUUUGGAUGCGGAAAGGCUGUGAAUGUCCCCGGAUUGGAAGUGAAAAUCGUUAACGAGAAUGGUGAAAUUGUCCCCGUCAACCACAGAGGAGAAAUGUAUGUUCGAUCGGAAAUUAUGUUUAAAGAAUACUUUCAUGAUCCUGAAAAAACAAAAGCGGUUAAAACUCCAGACGGAUGGUAUAAAACAGACGAUAUCGGCCGGAUGACGGAACACGGACAAUUCUUUGUAGAGGGUCGGAAAUCAAACAUGAUUAUUACGGGUGGUUUAAAUGUAGCUCCUGAAAUCCUUGAAAACGUCAUGAAAACAUUUCCUGGUAUCGAUUUAGUAGUCACAGUACCAGUUCCAGAUGACGUAUACUAUCAGGUUUUGUGCGCAUGCGUGAUAAGGAAACCAGGAUUUACAGUUACCGAAACAGAUAUCCAAACGUAUUGCCGUGAAUAUCAUGCUGAUAAACCAGGGCUUUUCACCGUUCUUCCGAAGUUUUACAUGUUCUUUGAAAAGUUUCCUGAAACAAGAAGUGGCAAAACGUAUCGGAAAGAGUUAGAGAGACUAGCAUUAGAGCGUUUCGGACCUUCAGAGGACGUGUCCAAACUGAAAAUCUUCUAAGAAGACAUUAAGUUAUUAAUGAAACAUGCUACACUUAUUAUAAAACAGAAAAACGAUUAUGUGUGAGUGUUGAGAAUAGUACUGUUAAUAAAGGAAACAUUGUACUAUUUUCGAGAUAACGAGUAAACAUAAAAAGAAAGUUUUCUUUACUACACAAUGGGAAUAUGCAUUUUGUGCUUUGUCUAACAAAGAGAUACGCCAGAUAUUACAUUUAACACUUUUUUCAUUUGCCUGUUUUUGUCAAUUGUAUAUAUAUAUAUAUAUAUAUAUAUAGUAGAGAGAAUUUAUACGAACUAAAUCACCACCACAAUAUACCAGACCAAUUACGGCAAAGCGCCUAGCAGUACAAGCGAACACGCACAUGUCACAACAAGUCCACUAACCCAAUAAGAUUAGUUUCGAUGCUGCUUUAUAUGCAAGCCCAAAUUGCACUACACAUUCGUACUGGUUCAACAUUUGCAUAUAUAUACUUAAAUCUCUGUUUUCAUGUCUCACAAAUCAGUAGUGACAUUUUAGUCUUUUUAACUGAUUGGGACCAGAGAAGCUAUAUUUUCUGUCUCUGAAAGUUAACUGGAUCUCGAGGAUACAUUGGAUAUAUAGAGAUAGUUUGCAUUUAGGGAUAUAAUUAUAUUCAGAACAGUUGACUUUGCCAUACGUGAGAUCCGCUAGGAUACAAGUUCGCAUUAUAAAUUAUUAUAUAGUAGAGAGAAUUUAUACGAACUAAAUCACCACCACAAUAUACCAGACUAAUUACGGCAAAGCGCCUAGCAGUACAAACGAACACGCACAUGCCACUGCAAGUCCACUAACCCAAUAAGAUUAAUUUCGAUGCUGCUUUAUAUGCAAGCCCGAAUUGCGCUACACAUUCGUACUGGUUCAACAUUUGCAUAUAUAUACUCAAAUCUCUGUUUUCAUGUCUCACAAAUCAGUAGUGACAUUUUAGCCUUUUUAACUGAUUGGGACCAGAGAAGCUAUAUUUUCUGUCUCUGAAAGUUAAAUGUAUCUCAAGGAUACAUUGAAUAUAUAUAUUGUGACGUCUGUGGGUACACACGUACAGGUUAUCAUAGUUUCAUGGCUAUUGUUCAUGCAUGCUUUUGAAACAUUAUAUGAUAUCGAAUAGAAAUACUGACAUCUUAUAUUGACAAAUACAUAUAUACUGUGAA